CUCCAGCGGCCCGAAGCGGCCGCCCGGCCCGCGGCGCGGCCCCCCUCCCAGCGCGCACGGCCCCAUGCCGCCCGGCGGGGGCGCAAGGCCGCGGGUCCUCCUCGUGCGGUGGCUGGCCGCACUGGCGGUGGCCGCCGCGCUCGGGCGCGGCGAGGACGGCGAGGAGCGCUGCCCCGUGGGAGCGCCGCCCCCCGGCGCGCAUCGCGCGGGCGCGGCGCCACGCUGUGCCGCGGAGGAGAAUGCGCUGCUGCAGGCACCCGCCGCCCGACGCCGAGGCCACCGCGGGCCCGCCGCGGCCUGCCGCCGCGCACCCGCGGCCCGCCUCGGCCCCGGCCCCGGGCGGCGCCGAGGCCCCGCCGCGGCCCGGCGCCGCCCGCGGGCGGGCGGAGGCCGAGGCCGCGGCCGCGGCCGGCCCGGCGCGGGCCCGCGGGCGGCGCGGCGCGGCGGCGCGUGCGGCGCGGGCGGCGCCGCGGCUCGCGGAGGCGUGGCGGGGCGCACGGGCGGAGCUGCGCGCGGCCGUGCGGGAGUUUGCCCGGGGCCUGGCGGCCGAGGGCCGCGGGACGCGGCGCCUGACCAGCGAGAUGCUGUGCCUCAUGGCCGCCGUGCUCGUCCUGCAGGUCGCCCUGGUGGGCUUUGUCGCCCUGGCGUACUACGACUCUUGCCGCUCCCGCCCAGAGAUUGACCCCGCGCGGCGUGGCGCGGACAUGAGGGAGUGGAGCUCUGGCCUGCUGCUUGGUUGCUGCUCGGAGCCGCGCGUCUUGUUCUGGUCGCUGGCGUGCCCCUGCGUGCGCUGGGCGGACUCCAUGCACACGGUCGGCAUCAUGAGCUUCUGGUGCGCCCUGUGGCUGUCCACGCUUGCCGUCCUGAUGACGGAGCUCACCUUCGGCAUCUUCGGGGUGGCCGUCAUUGCGGGCCUGUUCUACUUCCGCCAGAGGCUGCGCAGGAGGUUCAAGAUGGAGAGCUCCGCCAGCACCUACGCGGCCGACUGCCUCGCCCUGUGCUGCUGUCUGCCCUGCGCUCUCGCGCAGGACGCGCGCCACGUGGAGGAGGGCUGCCUGGUGGGGGACCCGGCCAUCGCCCUGCACCUGGAGUUCUUGGACGGGUGAGAGUGCGGCCCGCCGGCCCUCCGGCCUUCGAGUCAACAAACUGAGCUGCACGAAGCAUAGUCCCCCCCCUCGCUACCUCUCCCCUGCGGCAUGCCCGUGCGGCCUCGGCGCGUUGAGGGCGUCGGCAGGCGGGCGCCGGCGCUUCAUGUGGUGUGGAAGAGCCCUGCUUGGAGGUUUUGGGGGGUCGAGAGCGGUCCGCGUGCCCCUGCUCAGAAAAUCAGCGCUCGUUUGGAGCGCUCUGCCUGUCAUCGCUGAGCCGUCGACGCCUACCCGCCACAAGCAGCGGCUGAUGCUGUAUUGAAGCAUCUUCUGACGGCUCGGGGCGAUUUGUUGAAGGACCGCCUGCCCAGGAUCUGACACUCUCCAGCAGCGGAGCACCCGUGUCGCGGGCCGCCGGGGAGCCCCGUCCGGCGCCCGCGCAGCUCCGCCACCUGCGCGACCCCGCAGAGGGAGAGACGGUCGGCGGUCGUGCCACGUGCUGCACUCGCCAUGGCGUUCUUCCUCACGCGCCCGUUGCGCCGCCACCCAGACGUGGCCGAGCACCAACUUUUUGUGCUCGGCGCCUGGUGCACCUCCAGCCUCCUGCGUGGUGCGGCCGGGCUGCACGCCGCCGUGCGCGGGUGGCACACCGCGUCACGCGGGGGCCGCGCAGAGCAGUCGGCGAAGAA